GUGAUAAGACGCUAAGUUAACACUAACUAGAAGAUAAUUAUUAGUUCCAGUGGCCUCGCGGAAUAAUAUGGACAAAAAAAGUACGCCCCUGACUUUUUUAAAAAAAUAUAUAUGUUUGACUUUCCGUGACAGUUUAUUAUUUUUUCUCUGGUCAAAAGGUAGAUUGUGCUAUUAAAAAAAUGGUAAAAAAUUAUUCUAAUUUGGAGAUGACACAAAUGCAUUUCCUUUAUGCCAAUGGUAAUUUCGCGGAGGCCCGGCAACUCCAUCAAGAAAGGAAAAGAGGAAAAACCAGUUUUCUAUUCCCUCGAAUUCAAGAAUAGCUACCCAGAUCGUGUCCUUCUAGGCAGAAAAAUAUUCGUAAACAUUCAUCGUCGUCUGACUGAAUCUGGAAAUUUUAAACGUAAUACCUCCGUUGGAAGACCUCAAUUCGAACUGCAGCAGUUGAAAAGGCUGUCCUACUUGCGGUCAAAGAGAACUAGUACGCGAAAAAUUGGUAGGGAAUUUUUUCUCUCAACGUUUGAAUCUAUAUCAUUGGUGACUGUUUGAUUGAACUAUUUUCUUUACCAGGACAACUUAACGGACAGUAAUUAUUUACAAAAUGAUUCGUCUUUACUUCUUGAAGAUGUUCCUCUUCAAUUACGGGAACAUCAUUGAUUCAUGCAUGAUGGUGUUCCAACCCACUUUAGCAAUUGACUCGUAUUUGAAUGGAGCUUACUAAAAUCGUUGAAGAGGUUGUGGACAACAAUUCUGGCCACCUAGAUCGCCCGACUUGAACAGCCUAGAUUUUUAUUUAUGAGCAACGAUUAAAGUUAAAUUGGUUUUAUUUUAACAAUUUUUCGACAUGCAAUAAAGUGGUUUUUAUUUUUUUUCCUCGAAAACGAAGUAAGAUAAAAAAAAGUUGUUUUUUGGCAUAAGCCAGUAGCAUACAUUUUUCUGGUCAAUAUUAUUCGUGAGACUGCCCCUGCGACGCCACUGGAACUCAUAAUUAUUGUCAUCUAAUUAGUGUUAACUUUAAAUCUUAUCACAAUAAAGAACACUGCCAAAUGUCAACAAAAUCGACAAAAGGAUCUUUGAGAUAUUAAUAAAAAAAUUAUUUUUUUUUAACUAUGACCAGACCAGACUUGGUACAGGAAUGCGCCCUUGGAAUUACGACCUGUUAAGUAACACUCUGUAUAAGUAUGUAGCUGUAUUAUAAGUCAACUAUAAAGGAAUAGCAUAAAGGCAAGAAAAUUCGGCUUCUGUUUGAAGAACUCGAAAAAAACUGGUGUAGGGAAUCGAUUGUUUGUCGGAAGUCAGGUAAAUUAGCUAAAAAAAAACAACAGCAAAUCAAUCUCUUUGAUAGACCACCUAUAGAGGAAGAUAUAUUUUUUUGGGAAAUGAAACUAGUGGGUAUUUUUUUUCCUUGAAAUUUUAUUUAAUAGUUAAAUUAUGUACCAAAUAGGUCAGUGACAUUGUUUUAGAGUUACUACUGAAAUUAAGGUUUCUUUGCAAUUGAAAUGUGUCUCUUAUAUAUUUAAAUGUUUUUCUAAUUUUGACUUGAAUAAAAGUAACAUCUUCUGUAAUCGCAGCAACUGUCAAAAUAAUCUACUUUUUGUAACUAGUUACACAAAGUUGAACAUUAUGUAACUGGUUAAGAAAAUGUCAUUAUUAGGUUUGUUCCAAUAUGCGCGUAAACGAUAAUAUCGUUUUCGCGUGUGUUGAAACAGACCUAAAACCCGUCAUCACUUCUAAUAUGAGUUAAAAUUAG